GGAAAUGUCAUCCGAGAUCCAAGGAUACAGUAGCUAGGAGAAGAUAUUAUAGAUAUUAGAGAAGAUAUGAUAUUAUAGCUCCUGCGGCAACGGUACGCGGACUAUAGUUACUAGAGCUAUAUUAUAGUUCCUUGACUAAGACAGACUGCUUCGUCAUGGCUGCCUCUGCUGGCGCAACGGCGUUGAGAGCAGCCGGGCUCGUAAUUUUUCGUCGGCACGGCGAUAAAAAAAUCACUGAAUACCUUCUGAUGCAAACAUCGUACGGCAACCAUCAUUGGACGCCGCCGAAGGGUCAUGUGGACCCGGGCGAAUCCGACAUGGAAACUGCGCUCCGGGAGACGAAAGAGGAGUCCGGACUCCAGCGGAACAGUUUUCAUGUGGUCGACGAGUUCCGACGGGAGCUGUGUUACGACGUGUUCAGCGUUCCGAAGACGGUCGUUUACUGGCUGGCCGAGUUGAUCGAGCCAGAGCCACUGACGCCCAUCAAACUGUCGGCCGAACAUCAGGCUUAUGACUGGUUGCAGCUAGAGGAUGCGUGCAGCAGAGCGGGUUACGAAGAGAUGCAGUCCUUACUGCGAGAAGCAGAUGCCUUCAUCAACUUACGUCUGUAGAAUCGCGGAGGCAGUGGCGGAUCGUCGACAUGAAUUUGUAGAGUCAUCUCUGCAUCUGCCUACGCUCCCCCAGCAAAGCCGCUACAAGAAACAAAGAAGAAAUCGUUAGAACAAAGGUCUGCGUCGAAAUCGCACGCUGAUCCCAAUCGAGCAGUCGGCAAAAUGGCGCAGCACGUCGUGUGGACGUGUCGAAAUGGAUUUACAGAUGCUCUUGUGUUCAUGCUGGCGGCGAAGGUUGUGACAUCACCGUCGACCGAGGAGUGAAAUCGUCGUUUGUCAUACGGGCUAGCCUCUAAAUGUUGAAGAGAGUUGAAAGUUGUGUAGGAUCGUUGCCCUUACGUGGUGCAGCCCUUAUAUGGAGCAGCCCUUACGUGGAGUUAGGCUGGGAAUGUUGGGAACAUGUGCGGCUAUUGUGAGAGAUGAGAAGGGAUCCUGAAUAUAAGUGUCAUGGUGGAUUUGAUCAACUGCAUUUAUAGCUCAUAUCAUUGCAUAUCAUAGUUUUGCAUCGACGUACGUGUGCAUACAUGCACAUUUUCCUAACUUGUAUUUAGAAUUAUAAUGCUAUAACACUUGCUCUGUUGUGUACGUCUGGCUUUAACAAUAUGCCUAUAACGUAUCUAAACCUAACGUAUCUAAAUCUAACUAAAAGGAGUUGGCGUCAGGAAGGGCAUCCGGCUGUAAAACUUUUGCUCCAAAACCAUUCCGUGAAGGAAUAAAACUGUCUAACCCCGAAAGGGAAAACGGACAUUAAACUGAUUAUAUAUUAUCAUGUAUAAUAUAUAAUACUUGUCUAGUAAAUAAACAUUAACGAUUAAUAUGAAA